UCCCCAGGCUGUCCCCAGGAUGUGGUGGCCCGUGCUGCUGGCCCUGCUGGUCCCUGCGGCUCCGGCCCAGCUGCACCCAGAGCAGGAACUGGACGCGCAGUGGGAGCUGUGGAAAAAAACCCACCGCAAGCAAUACAACGGCCAGGCGGACGAGGUGACGCGGAGGCUGAUUUGGGAGAAGAACCUCAAAUACAUCAACACCCACAACCUGGAGCACUCCCUGGGCCUCCACACCUUCGAGCUGGCCAUGAACCACCUGGGUGACAUGACCAGCGAGGAGGUGGUGAGGACAAUGACAGGGCUGAAGGUGCCCCGAGGUCACCAACGCCACAACGAGACCCUCUUUGUCCCUGACUGGAGUGAGAGAGCCCCAGCUGCCAUGGACUGGCGUAAGAAAGGCUACGUGACCCCUGUGAAGAACCAGGGCCAGUGUGGCUCGUGCUGGGCUUUCAGCUCGGUGGGUGCCCUGGAGGGGCAGCUGAAGAGGAAAACAGGCAAGCUGCUGUCCCUCAGCCCCCAGAACCUGGUGGACUGCGUGGCCAACAACGAUGGCUGCGGCGGCGGCUACAUGACCAACGCCUUCGAGUACGUCCGCCAGAACCGCGGCAUCGACUCCGAGGACUCCUACCCCUACAUC